UCAUAUAUCACAUUCCUCUCUUCCAUAUUCUAAUUAAACUCUCUCCUCUAAUUACCACUAAACAAAACAAAGAGAGUAUUAAAAUGGGUCAGGGAAAAGGCAGUGCCUUUGCUAUCACUUUGUUGCUCUGCAUUUUCCUCAUCCAAUCUGAGAUUGCUCAAGCUAAAGUCUACACUGUUGGAGAUGCCCUUGGAUGGACCUUUAAUGUCAAUACUUGGACUAAGGGAAAGAUUUUCCGUGCUGGUGAUAUUAUCGUAUUCAAGUAUCCUCGAAUGGCGCACAAUGUGGUGUCAUUGAAGAACAAAGUGGCAUACAAUUGGUGUCUAAAACCAAAAGGUUCAAAAGUAUACCAAACAGGAAAAGACAGAAUCAAGCUUGUCAAAGGAUACAACUAUUUCAUUUGCAGUUACCCUGGCCAUUGCAAAGCUGGAAUGAAGAUUGCCAUUAAAGCUAUUUGAAAUAUUAUUAUUGCCAUUAUGUUUUGGACAAUAAUAAUGUGUGCUUGUUAUAAUGUUGUGUUUUGUUUUAAUUUUCACUUCAUUUUUCUAUGUUUUUUAUAUAAUUAUUAUUAGAAGAAGAAGAAGAGCAUGUUGUUAAUUGUACUAAUUAAUAUGUGGCUUCUUGUAUGGAAGAUGGAGAAAGGGUUGAAAAUAUCAAUUUGGCUUCUAUACAUUAUUACUAAUAUAAUAAGUGAAACUAAGAAAAUUUUAUAA